GUCAAUGGCGGCUUCUUUGAAAAACAUGUGAGAAUAGAACCGAGUCGAUAUUUGGAGAAUUCUGGUCUUAUUUGUUCACAUGGAGUCUUUGGAUAGUUGGUAUAGACGAGAGGUGUACAGUUGGCGUACAGGAGCUGCUGUGGGUUGGACCCUGCUGCUACAACCCUGUGUUUUGGCUGUGUAUCUCGUCUUUUGUACACUGGAUAUUUGUCACCCUCUGUCAUGGAUAGCAGGUUCCUUUUCAAUGCUGUUUUCCACACAUUACAUGUUUGUGAUGUUGGUGCUUACACUUGUGUCCGGAGUGCUGGGUGUAGUGAUGUCAUCCUCUUAUACAGUGGUUCCUGACAUUCCUUUGACUCGUCUACAUGGCCUAGUCCAGCUCUUACUGCCCACACGUCUACUACGGUGCCUGAUGUAUCUUGUGUCUGGGGCAGUGACAGCCUGGGUCUGCACCUCCUGCAUAGGCGAUCGCUACACCUCCCUCAUUAAAUCAGACGGUACUGACAGAGAAGUGUAUUACCUGAAUGAGUACCACUUAUUCUUAGUUGUGUAUGGUAUGUACAGUGGGGUCCUGUACAACAUCACCAUGUACAUACAUCAGAACAACCUCGUACAGUUCCCCGUCCUGGAGCAAGCCAAGUUUUUCCAAGUGAGAAGUAGACUCUACAAUGAACUUUUGAAGUCACUCUCUUAUUCCCUGUGGCACACAGCAUAUUUCUACCCUUUCUACUGGAUGUUUGGUCACAUCCCUAAAGACUUUGUUUUACAACACACAUCCUUACUUGGUUCUGAGAUUCCUCUGAACUCUGUGUGGGGCCUUUUAGAUGUGUUUCUCCUGUACCAGACAAUCCUGUGUGGUGUAUUUCUCUACCUCACUUGGACUGUUAGUAGCGUGCUCUACAAGAUCUACAACACAGAGCAUUAUGCGUUUCCUGUGGAAGAUGUCUUUGAUGAUCAGAAAAACAAAUGCCUGGUUGAUGCACUGUCUUGUAAAACUAACAGUUUACUGCAGUGCCUGGGAUUCUAUGAUGUGUGCCACUUGUCCAGAAAGUCUGGUGUGAGAAGGAGUGUUGUGUUCAGUCUGAGUCAGCCAGGUGGUCAUCCUCACAACUGGAACAAGUUAUAUUCAGCUUGUGUAGCUGAGGUUAAUGCCCUCAACCAGAAAGUACAAGAAGCCAACUGGAAGGUGUUUGCUAGUGUUCCUGUAAGACAAGCCGCUGGUGAGAAAAACAUCCCUCCAGCAUCAGCAGGGGAGAUAACUACAACAACCUUAUCCUACCGUGGAGCUACAACCAUGACUAAUGGUAACUCCUCUAGUCCACCUGUUGAUAAACCAGCCUCUAACCUACAGACCUUCAAGGAUUUGACACUUAUGUAUCUAAAGAAGAAGCCAGUUUUCAGUUACUUCUUGUCAGAGUUGCCUGAUUCUAAAAGCAGGAAGCUUUUUGCCACAUGUCAAGUACAAGUUUGGGCAGUUGAAGCCUUAUCCAACUUUGCAACAGCCUCUUAUACUGAUGAUAAAUAUGGAGUUGUUCAACGAUCCUUACCAGAAAUUAUAACUGCAGUUGUCAAUUUACAGGAGAAUGUAGAAAAACAUUUCAAACUGGCCACAACAACAAGUCGUCGGAAUCAGAAAGACUUGGGACAUUACGACACUCAGCUAGGAUAUCUGCUACAGACAACUCUGAAAAGCUCCAUGUACAAAAUAGUCAACACUUUUGGAAAACAUAUUUUGAGUCUUAAUCUUUCUCCAGAAUGUGUGAGGAAGCUGAAAUUAUUUAUGGAUUAUAAGGAAUAACCUGGAACUUAAACUUCCUUAAAAGGCUCUGCCUGUAGCAAAUAUGUGUCUUCAGAACAUUUUAAUUGAGUUUUUCGCAAGGCAAAUGUUCUAUGGAAAUACAUAAUAUAUGUAUGUUGUAUUUAUGUGUCUAAGUGCUAUUGACAAGUUUGCUUCCUAUGUGGUAAGGGGAUGUUCAAGGCUUGACUUAAAUGUAAUAGUUUGCCCAAUGGACAUCAAAUCAGUGAUAUUUCUGACAUUUAGCUUUACAGUUGGUGCUUGUGAUGGAAAUGACUCGAUGCUGAAUCAUGUUAUCUCUUAUUAAGGCAGUGUGGACAGUCCAGCUUGCUCCUGAAUAAAAAUUGUUGAGAAGAUGUAAAGGCAUCCAUUACUAGUGCUGCUUUCAAAUGUGUGUGAUAAUAGAGUUGAUAGUUGAUGAUAUUAAAAUCUUAAAGCAAAACGAUAUCAGUAUCUGAACAAUGCGUACAUCCAUGUAAGAUAUUCCUAUGUUGGACUUUUAUAGGAAUGACAGAAGAUUACACAUAAUUUGAUCAUUGUAAUAGAUUUGAUUACACCAGUAGUAGUUUGUGUUUGUGUAAAUAAGAUCUGCCUUGUAAUAUGCCAUUUUUAAGAAAAAAAUUCUCGACUUUCUGGUAAAGUGUAAAGAUGUGAUUUUGGACAAAUGUCCAAUGAUGGUCACAAAUUGGAAUUGAUAUUGAAAGUCAGGCUGUAUCAAUAAAAUACAAAAAUAAAUAUGUUUAAAAAAACAGGUAA